GCUGCUGGACUGAGGGAUCGCCGCCGUCAGUUCGCCAGCGGUGCUCUGAGGCCGCGUAGCUGCUGCUGUCUCCUCUCGGGGGUUCCUUCUCCAUCCCGAUCCGGGGGUGCCCUGGGCUCCGUGCCUGUCCCGGGGCACCGUGAUGGGGCUGGGCGGCCCUUUUCUUCUCCUCCUUUCCCUGCUUCUGCGCGUCUCCGCCGGCGCCGCCUUCUCCUGCUGACCGCGCCGCGGACCCCGCUGGACCCCCAUUGUCCGCGGCCUGCGGCCCCGCCCCGAGAAAACUCCAGGAGAUCAUAAAAAGGAAAAAAAACCUUUGCAUCUGAUUUCUGGACUCAACACUAUAGGACAUCAAAAUGUCAGGAGCUUCUGUGAAGGUGGCUGUCCGGGUCAGGCCCUUCAAUUCCAGAGAGACCAGCAAAGAAUCCAAAUGCAUCAUCCAGAUGCAAGGCAACUCAACCAGUAUUAUCAACCCAAAGAACCCCAAGGAAGCACCAAAGUCCUUCAGCUUUGACUACUCCUACUGGUCUCACACCUCACCUGAAGAUCCCUGCUUUGCAUCUCAAAACCGUGUGUACAAUGAUAUUGGGAAGGAGAUGCUGUUACAUGCCUUUGAGGGCUACAAUGUGUGUAUCUUCGCCUAUGGGCAGACUGGAGCUGGGAAAUCCUAUACCAUGAUGGGCAAACAGGAGGAAAGCCAGGCAGGCAUCAUCCCACAGCUGUGUGAAGAACUGUUUGAGCAAAUCAAUGACAACAGUAAUGAGGAGAUGUCCUAUUCUGUGGAGGUCAGUUACAUGGAGAUUUAUUGUGAGAGAGUCAGAGACUUAUUGAACCCGAAGAACAAGGGGAACUUGCGAGUGCGAGAGCACCCUCUGCUCGGACCCUAUGUGGAGGACCUGUCCAAGUUAGCAGUCACCUCUUAUACAGACAUUGCAGACCUCAUGGAUGCUGGGAACAAAGCCAGGACCGUGGCAGCUACAAACAUGAAUGAAACGAGUAGCCGCUCUCACGCUGUGUUUACGAUUGUCUUUACUCAGAAGAGACAUGACACAGAAACUGACCUUUGCACGGAGAAGGUCAGCAAGAUUAGCCUUGUGGAUCUAGCUGGGAGUGAGAGAGCAGACUCAACUGGUGCCAAAGGGACUCGAUUAAAGGAAGGAGCGAAUAUCAACAAGUCUCUCACAACACUGGGCAAAGUAAUUUCAGCCUUGGCAGAGGUGAGUAAAAAAAAGAAGAAGACAGACUUUAUUCCAUACAGGGAUUCUGUGCUAACGUGGCUACUUCGGGAAAAUCUAGGUGGAAACUCCAGAACUGCCAUGGUUGCUGCUCUGAGUCCGGCAGAUAUCAACUAUGAUGAAACGUUGAGCACUUUAAGAUAUGCAGAUCGUGCAAAGCAGAUCAAAUGCAAUGCUGUUAUCAACGAGGACCCCAAUGCCAAGCUGGUGCGUGAGCUGAAGGAGGAGGUGACGAGGCUCAAGGAUCUCCUGCGUGCCCAAGGGCUAGGAGAUAUUAUUGAUAUUGAUCCAAUGGGAGAUGAUUACUCUGGAAGUGGAGGCAAAUCCUCCAUGGGGUCCCUCAGUGCAUCUCCAUCUUCCUGCUCUCUCAGUAGUCAGGUGGGCUUAACAUCUGUGUCCAGUAUACAGGAGAGGAUCAUGUCUACACCUGGAGGAGAGGAAGCCAUUGAACGUUUGAAGGAAUCAGAGAAGAUCAUUGCAGAGCUGAAUGAGACAUGGGAGGAGAAGCUGCGGAAGACUGAGGCCAUUAGGAUGGAGAGGGAGGCCUUGCUGGCCGAGAUGGGAGUUGCCAUUCGGGAAGAUGGAGGAACACUGGGAGUCUUCUCCCCUAAAAAGACACCUCAUCUUGUGAACCUCAAUGAAGAUCCACUCAUGUCAGAAUGUCUGCUUUACUAUAUCAAAGAUGGCAUCACUAGGGUUGGACAGGCAGAUGCCGAGCGGCGACAAGACAUUGUGCUGAGUGGGGCUCACAUUAAAGAGGAACACUGUCUCUUCCGAAGUGAAAGGAACCACAAUGGUGAUGUUAUUGUUACUCUGGAGCCUUGUGAACGGUCGGAAACAUAUGUCAAUGGCAAGAGGGUUGUGCAGCCUGUGCAAUUGCGCUCAGGAAAUCGUAUCAUCAUGGGUAAAAAUCACGUUUUCCGAUUCAACCACCCUGAGCAAGCACGAGCAGAGAGGGAGAAGACUCCAUCCGCUGAAACUCCCUCUGAACCAGUAGACUGGACAUUUGCUCAGAGAGAACUCUUGGAGAAACAGGGCAUUGAUAUGAAGCAGGAGAUGGAGAAGAGGUUACAAGAAAUGGAGAUUUUGUACAAGAAGGAGAAAGAGGAAGCAGAUCUCUUGUUGGAGCAGCAGAGGCUGGAUGCAGACUCUGAUAGUGGGGAUGAUUCGGACAAGAGAUCGUGUGAGGAGAGCUGGAGACUGAUCACCUCCCUGAGAGAGAAGCUGCCCCCCAGCAAGCUGCAGACCAUUGUAAAAAAGUGUGGUCUCCCCAGCAGUGGGAAGAAGCGAGAGCCUAUUAAAAUGUACCAGAUACCACAACGCCGGCGCCUUAGCAAAGACUCAAAAUGGGUCACCAUCUCAGACUUAAAGAUACAGGCUGUGAAGGAGAUCUGCUAUGAGGUAGCCCUCAAUGACUUCAGGCAUACUAGGCAGGAGAUUGAGGCACUGGCCAUUGUUAAAAUGAAAGAGCUUUGUGCCAUGUACGGAAAGAAAGAUCCCAAUGAGCGUGACUCAUGGCGAGCUGUUGCCCGGGAUGUCUGGGAUACUGUGGGAGUUGGAGAUGAGAGGAUUGAAGAUGUCAUGGCCAGUGGGAAGGGAGUAACUGAUGUGGAUGACCUUAAGGUACAUAUAGACAAAUUGGAAGAUAUUUUGCAGGAAGUGAAAAGGCAGAACAACAUGAAGGAUGAGGAAAUAAAAGUUCUCCGAAAUAAGAUGCUAAAAAUGGAGAGGGUUUUACCACUGAUAGGGUCACAAGAGCUGAGAGCCCAGUCGACCACAGCUAAUGCUGCUAAUGUUAAAAAUCCAAACUCUGUGAGUGUGGUGGAUGCUGACAAGACGUAUGCGAAUACUUUGAAAAAAGAUGAGAAUGAUGAGCUUGAUAAAGAGGAGCGUGUUUCCCAAUUAAUGGAGGAUGACCCAGCCUUCAGGCGUGGGCGGUUGCACUGGAUGAGGCAAGAGCAAAUUCGGUUUAAGAACUUGCAACAGCAGGAAAUAGCCAAACAGCUCCGUCGACAAAACAUGCCUCACCGAUUUAUCCCACCUGAAAACCGUAAGCCCCGGUUUCCAUUUAAGAGCAACCCCAAACACAGAAACUCAUGGAGUCCAGGUACUCACAUAAUUAUCACAGAGGAUGAGGUUAUUGAGGUCCGAAUUCCAAAGGAGGAAGAGAAAGAGAACAAAGAAGAGAACAGAGAAAAAGGUGGCAGUGCUGUCUCCCAGGAUCCUCAGCAACUGUGGAACCUACAUGACCCACAAAGGAGUCAAGAUCAUAUCCAGAUUAACUGGCAACAGCUAAACACUCAGCCACAGCCUAGCAAUCAGCAACAGACACCACCUCAGUUACGCUGGAGAAGCAAUUCUCUCAACAAUGGCUACCAGAAAAGCUUGUGCCGUCAGACAUCUGGCUCAUCUGAAUCACUGCAGUCCCACAGUGGGCACCAGAACCCAGACCUGCAGAAGUUCCAGCAGAAACGCCACAUUCACCAGCACCACCAAUCCUAUUGCAAUCACAACAAUGGAGGCAAUACAGAGAGCACUGCAGUUAACAUCCACCCAAAACAGAUUAAUGGGCACAGCCGUUACGACCAGUUUGUGACACCUCCACGGAUGAGACGACAAUUCUCUGCACCUAACCUCAAAGCUGGCAGAGAAACUACAGUAUGAUUCACUGGACAAAUGGGAGAAGGGGUCAGUGCUGGCUUAUCAUUCAGAAGCAUUGCAAUGGGACAGUUUUGAUCACCAUCUACCUUGGGUUUCAGUUGGCCAAUUAGAACUUGAGUGACUUGAUGUACAAAGCACAAGCUGUUGGUAUUUCAACACAUCCAUUUUGCUUAUGAAUCAUGGUGCAAUUUUCAAGACUUCGGAGAAAUAUUGUGAAAAAUGUUGAGACCCCUUUAUAGAUUAGAAGACUGUGGAAAAGAGGGUACCCUAUUAGCUAGUGUACCUUCCUUAUUUUUUGUCUUGGAGUAUUUUUCUAAAGCUGAAAAUACUGUCUGGAAUAUAUAAAGAGCUGCCUCCCUCCAUGUCUUUAUGUAGACAAUCAAAAGGGGAAUCAAGUUUAUAGUGUUGAAUGUCUCUUGUGACCUUUUGGUUAGAAAUGAAGAAACCGAUCAUUUAUAUUGUAAGCUUAGCUCUGGCUCUUCAAUUCAAUUCACUUUUCACCUCCUAACCCAUGUUUUUAAAUAAUUGGUAAACCAAAAGCUGUCAGCUGGCAAGACAAUACGUGACUUUUUGUAGAUGUGCUGUCUCCUUUACAGAAAUUUAUGAGAGCUACUUGGACACUGGCCCCCCACCCCCCCCACCCCUUUAGAGAGUACCAUGCCUUUUUGUCCUCCUGCCUAGUUUCAUCAACAUCAGUAUGAAAUUGCCAUGACUGUAGAAAUCUGCCUCUGAAUGGGGGACUGUUUUAUGGGGGACUGUGCACAUGGCCAGAGCCAUGUUAUGGAAAUAAGCUUUUUCUCAUUCCCAUCUUGUCUCUAUUAUAAUGGUUUUUAGUUAUAACUUACUAUACUGAGAUGAUAAAUGUGCACUGCACUUUUUGAUCUUUAGUGGUGCAGUAAAGACACUCUGAGCUGAUUUCUUCCACUGCAGUGGUUAGGCUUUGGGUCUCAGAUGUAUUACUGGUGAGCAUUUAGAAUACUACCGUGAAUUGGAGGGGGCAGAGAAAGGAGAGCUAGAGAACUGAUUCAUUUUACAUAAUACCUCAUUCUAGUGCCUUCUGGUUUCAGAUUGCUCUCUGUUUCAAGUCUUGUUGAACAAAUCUGUCACUUUAAGGGGAAAUCACAUUUGUCAUUUACUCCCCAUCUCCCAGAAAAGUACAGUUUAGACGCAGUAUUUUAACUUAUACCAUAAACAAAGGUACCUAAAUUUACAAAUGAGAACACCAUAAACACUUGCAAACCCUGUGAUCCUACUUCAAAUCUCUCAGAACAAAUGACACUAAAAAUAGUGGACAAAAAAGUAGAUGCUGUUUGACUAAGAACUAGGCUUAUGGGUUUUUGGAGUUUUUUAUCUUGAUUGGAAAGUGCUACUUUUAACUAUAGGACUUGUUUCUUUGCUUUUGAAAACGUAGUCUUUUCAUUAAUUUUUAUUUACUUAAGUUGUUUUUGGACUUGAAUUUUUAGGACAAAUCUGAAUCUUUGGAGGGAAACUUGGUUUACUGUAAGGUUUAACCUGAACGCAAUUUUUAAAAUGAACUUGAGUAUUUAUGGCUGAUUUAGUGUGGUUGGGUCACAUUCUAUGUUACAUUUGUACAGUUAAAUGACUUGUGCUGUGUUGCACAAAUAUCCUUGAUUUUAGUACUUGAGGUCAUUUUCCUUGUGUUAAACAUAAGCCCUACUGGUAACAGUUUUACUUUUGCAUGUUUCAGCAUAGCUAUAAAUGAGCAGAAAUUGCCUGCAACUUACCUCCCCUUUAUUAUUUCCUGCCUACAUAUUUUCUUCCCUUCUGAACUAUAUUAUUACAGAGGAGCUGGUUGUAACUCCAUGGUUAAAUUGCAACCAGAGACUUACUACUUUGGUAUCUGUCACUCAGGUCUCAACACUGCAGUCCGGUCACAUGAAUGUUUCCUGACACAUUAUGAUCUCUGGGAUUUAGGAGGUUCAAUAGCAUUGCUUCCCAGAUGGCUCUAAACUGAUGACACGGUUAAUUUUCUGUCCAAAAUGGUGAUGCCAAUGGCAUCUGUUCCAUAUUUCAGUCUCCGUGAACAAUGGAAACACUGAAAUCCCUGAUCCUUCAAAGAAAGGAAGCCCUGGUACAAAGACAGCACUUUUCUUUCAGCUUGAGUCAGCACUCUGAUUUUAUUUUUGGGCUGCAAAUAACCUUGUGCUGGUAGCUUUACUAUAGAACUCUGUGUAAAUAGUUUGUCCCAUUCCUACUAUUUGGCAAUAACGAGUGAUAUGAUUUGUCCCUCUGCCAUCCUUUUCAAACGUCUUACGACCUGCUCUGUUUUGUGGCAAGCAGGGAGAGAUGAAAACAAUGAGUAUCUGGGGAAAUUCCCAUGUGCCUUCAUAUGGAAUAUUCCAGCCAAGCAGAGAUUAUCCUGGAUAGGAGCCAGGCACAAGGGAAAGACCCAACAAGUCUAUUUUGUGUGUCCCCAUUCUGUUUGCACAAUAUAGCAAUAACCUAUGCAAAACCAGCACAUGGCUGAGGUAUGCAAAAGGAACAUGUCGCAUGCAGUUUUUUGAAAUCCGUUCAAGUAUGUAUUUUGAAAUGGGAUAAAAUCAUAUACUAAUUUGAUUUUUAAAUCCCAGACUUUAAAUAAGUCUUGUCAAUGUGUGUUGGCUUAAAAUUACCUUGAAAGAAAUGUUCUCCUUAGCUCUAAAUAUCUGAUGAGGAAUGGGUUUUAAACCAUCACUCUGUUACCCAAGACUGUCAGUGUUUUUUGGUGCUGCACUAAAAAACCACCCAGUUUGUUUGAAUUCUGCAUCAGUUACCUAGCAAAUGCUGUUCUGAAGCUGUCCACAUAAAUUGCUUCUUAAUUUUCCUGCAUGACUUGAAAAAAGAGCAAAAUACAGUAACUGCCAAAUGGAGCCAAAAUUGGGCAGGGGAAGCUGGCUUUCUUUCAAACUUUUAAGAGGCUAUUACAAACCAUGUAGGGUGAAACCUAAAAACUAUUAAAUUAUCCCUUUCUAUAGUGCAGAUGGAAUUAACCAGCACGAAAACAGUCAAUUUCCUAUACAAGUGUGAAAAGGCUUUCAUGCUAAUGGAAAAAUGCAGCAUCCAUGAUGCAGGUGCCUUUUCAGGAAGUUAAUUGCCAAGGGCUGAUUUUCUGUUUGCUUUGUUGGCAGCUGACUUGCAUGCACCAGUGCGUUAGCGUGAGGGGUUUUCUUAUCCUUAAAGAAAUCUCACUGGGGACUUGGGAUGGGAGGGAAAUGCUUCUUAUUUUUUCACUUGUGUCCUUUUUCAGGCUAUCUGAUUUAAGAAAUCUGUCAGAUUGGGGGAGAGCUUUGUAUAAGUGUUAUGAACAUAUUUUCAGUAUCUUUCUCCAUUCAUUCUUGUAAGCUGUGUGUUUUAAAACCCAGAUACUUGCCUCUGAACCACUUUAAGAACUGCCAGAUGAGAAAUCCAUGUUUACCCAUUGUUACUCUAAAGGAGGUAGUAAGUCUCCUUCCAAUGAAAUUAUGGGAUUUUCAGAUCUGUCCAGUUCACAUUUUUUAAAAAAAAGUUUGAUUGUCUUGAGAGCAAAUGCUUUCCUCAUGAAAAGCAGAGCUGGUUUGUAUUGUAACAAGUGCUUUUUCAAUAAACUAUGAAAUACUCUUGUAAGCGUCUGACUUAUCUCUGGUAUAUUCAGUAGCACAAAACUUAGCCUUUCUGAUAUUUUUAAAAAAAAUUUUUUUUGUCUUGUGACCCGUUCUAGCUGAGAUCAGUUUAAAAUUUCUUCCUCCUUCAGUUGUUCCUCAAACUGGCCCAUGUAAAAUUAAAUUACUCUUGAGACAGAUAUAGCAGGGGCCCCAUUUGCUUGUACCACCACAUGUUAUGAAACUUCAUUUACAGUGCAGGAAGGAUAUGGGCUGUAAUCUUGUUGCCUACAUUAGUUUAAAUUCUGAGGAAGCACAGCAGGGAAUUCACAAUUUCCUUUAUAGACUAAGGAAUGGGAAACUCCAUCUUUACCAUCUUGCUAUUCCCAAAGAAUGAGGAACAGAAAUUUAGAAGAGACAUGUCUGUACUAUGAUGUGUUCUUGGAGCAGCAGACCCCAGUCAGGCAUUUAAAAAAAAAAUAAAAAUCCUACCACACAUUUGAAAAUAAAAAGCUUUAAGGAUUUUUCUAAGUGGUCUUGUUUUCUCUAUACAGUUUUUUUUGUUCUGUUAUACCACAGUUUUUCAGUUGAAAGCUACCACUCAAAUAAAGUAUCCAACACUUAGCCUGAAUCUCUUUCCAUUGUGUGGGCUAAAAAAAAAAAAGUCAGUAUCAAAGCCCAGCAGUCCCAUCACACAGUCUGUGAAUCAAGAUGACUGUUCAUCCUUUUAUUCAGUAUUGAAAGCCAAGCUGCCUGAUAGCUUAAACACUAGAGUACUGCCAGUUGCCGGGAAACAGUCCUAUCUUACAAGAAUAUUUAUUUAACUGGUGAAACGUUCCCUUAUUCUGGGAAAAUAUACCUGACCUAGUCCACUUAAAAACAAACAAACCUGUUUCUUUUUGUAAGAUGAGGAUAAAGGGAAAAAAAUUACAUACUGUGAACAUGUUCAUAUCUUUAGAUAUCUGUCUAUAUAUGAUUUUUGGUUUGAGUCCACAUUUAAAAAAAAAAAAGAGGAUCACUACAAAAAAGGAGAGACAAAGGAUGAGUUACUGUGUCCUUAUCGUACCCAAAUAAUAUGUCUGUACUCAAGUACUAACGGAAACAAAGUGUUGUGAUGGAACAUUUCCGAUGCUGCAACCCUUCUUUCUGUCAACCUUUCAGCUUCUCUGAAAGAGCCAGAACAAAGAUUCUACUUUUCAGGGAUGCUGAAGGAGUUGGUGGGUAAUGCACCACUAAUGUAAGCACUGCUUGAAAUGCAUCUUCCUUAGAUUCUGCUUCUCCCACAGCACCUCUGUCUCUGUAAACAGGAAGUCAGGAGACCGCUAAAAUGUCAUCUUCAUAUUAAUAGUGUGUCUCCGAAAGCUCCAGACCAACUCCAGGAAAAUGAAUCCUACCCUUCAUGUUUGACUAUUUGACUUGUUUGUUGUUUGUUCUCCCAUCCCUCUCCCCACUGCUCGCUAUCUGAGUUUCAAAUGACAGUGGUUUAGUCAUUUAGGGGGGAAAAACUGAUCUCUAGAAGACAGCUGCCUUUUAUAUUGAAAUGCAUUUUAGAGUUCUAGGUAUUCUAUGUCGCUGUCAAACUUGGUGCAGCUUGAAGCCUUCGUCUCUUUCUACCACCACACCCACCAGGCAAACAAAAAGAAUCCCUUUCUUACAGAGCAGAAAUCAUUAAGAACUUCCGCAUGGGACACAAUGUUUAAAAAAAAUCUGUUUUACCUAUGGCUCUUAUUCCAAAGGGAUAAUUAAUAAACAGAUUUAUCAACUAUACAGAGGAAUCCCUUCAUCCUCCACUGAAAUGCAACCCCUUGUGGAGAGAAUGUAGCAACUACAGCUUAGGAUGAGUGAAUUUUCUUCAACUGGAAGUUCAAGGAAAAACAAGGAGUUGAAACGUGGCCCAGAUACAAAAAAGAAAUGCCCUUAGUCCUUUUUUUUUUUUAAAAGGCCGGGGGGACUUUAAUGACCUCAAGUGGUCAGGACUUCUGUUUCAAUGUCUUUAGAAUAAGACAGCAGUCACCUCCCUAAUGCCAUCACCUUGUGGGAACGGUGCCACCUGCUGGAAUUCUAAAGUUCAUUCCUUCUGCUUCUGCGUGCUCCUUCAUUCUUCCAUCAAAGUACUGAACUGGUGUGAUAAGAUAUACUGUGGGUGCACGAGGUGUUUAGCUUAACUAGGGGCUUGUCUACACAAGGACACUCAAAGAUCAUUCACAUGUUAAUGUGGAUUAAGUUUCCUGGGUGUCCGCAUGUAAAUAAGUCUGAAGAAUUUUGUUUAGGAAAGGCUUAAAACAGUGUAACACUGAGGUUUGGGCACUUCAUUGGAAUGGGGAACAAUGCAGUGCUGACACUUUCAUAACAAUUCGACUUUAGAAUGUGGCAUUGGAAGAAAUGCAUUAAGGGAAAGAAUGAAUUCUAGGGUUUUGGAUCAUGGAGUAGCAAAGAGGUUUGAAAUGCAACCUAAAUACCUGCAUAAAUUCUUCCAAAGAACCCAGCAACACCCUCUGCACUUUCUGAAGUAUUAGUGUGUAUUUGCCCCUUGAUCCCCACAUAAAAAUUCUAAGAAUUAAAUUCAUGUUGCAUUUGUAUGCUUGAAAGUAUCUUUAAAAAAAGACAAGUGAGUUCUGAGAUCUGGAGCCGAGAUGAGACAAGCUGGAUUCUUCAAAGAUCUUGAAAUAGGGGAUGAUUGAAGUGCAAAGCUCAUGGCUGUGGGAAAGGCACAUACCACCAACUAAAAAAUAAAGGAUCACCAUGCCUUGGUGGGCAAUAAGUGAUGAUCUUCAGCGUCAAGGAGAUCCACAAAUGAUCCAGUGUGGGCCCCAUUCAUGCAAUGCAAGUACCUAAGGUCUUGAAGUCCAUUUCAGUUCAUGUACAACUAGAGCCUCAUAAACCACUGCCUCUUCAUUCUCUCGUAUUGAUGUAUCCAGUGUUAUGGGGACUUAGUUCCCAGAACUUUUUUGGGGAGCAGGGGGUGGCCAAGAGUGCUGGAGGAGGGAGGAUGAAGGCAGAAAGAUUAAAAGCUUGUCAUGUGAGGAACCAACAAAUUCAUAAUCCGUGAAAUUGUUUCUUCUGAUGAAACACUCUUCUGGGUUCUGCUCCUCUUUUUCUCCCAGGCUCACAAUAAGACUGAAAUUCUGUGAGUGCUAGGGUGUGUGUGUAUAUUUAUACUGUAUAUAAUGUGUUAAAGUAAGGUGUGUAAUCCCUUAAGCAUCCUCGUUUUGGUACAGCGUGAGGCUGAAAGUAUGUUCCAGUGCUGAAAACAUAUUAAUAGGGUUGCUGCUUUUAGUUAGAUAUGGGACCUCUUUGCCUUUGCCACCCUUUCUGUUACGAGGUUAUAAAAUCAACUUACCUUUGACUGUGAAAAGGUUUUCCCUUCAUCUCCUGUAUGCUUGUCCACCAAGAAUGUCUUGUUGGUUCCAAAGCAGAACUAUCCAUUCAAACCAGGUUUAACGCUGCAGAUGUCUUGACCAAGCUCCUAUACAUCACCCAAUUUCUUACCACUUUCCUCCUCUUUUACAAAACCUACACCAGUUUAGAAAUGAAAGUAGUAAUUACUGCAUGUUUCUAAAGUAAACACUCUUCAAAGCUUCUCUUUUUAAAAAAAAAAAAAAAAAAAAAAAGGGGGGGG